AUGAAAAGACGAGGAAACUCAGAUUCCAUCCCUAUUGAUCUCAUUCCUGAUAUACUCUCGAGAUUGCCAGAAAAGUCGAUCGCUAGGUUUAGCUGCGUGUCAAAGCUAUGGCGUUCCUUGCUUCUCAAGCCAUACUUCACCGAGUUGUUCUUGACUAGGUCGUCGUCUCGUCCACGUCUCUUAAUUGGGGUCGAAGAGCUAUAUGACGCUGAGUGGUUUUUCUUUACGUCGCCUCAGUCUCAGAACCCGUCGUCUCUUGUUGUCUCCGCUGAUUUUCAUACAAAGAUCUCUUUUGAGAGAAUCAUCUAUUAUAUCCUGACAUUAGGAACUGAAAAAUUGAGAUGGAGGACCAUCCAAUGUCCUUCAAUUCCUUAUCAUAAACUUUCAUGUAAUGGGAUAUGCAUCAAUGGGGUUUUGUAUUAUAUAAGUUACAACAAAAGAAAAAGAAAAAGUUACGAGGAGCAUCAUCUUUUAAGUUGCUUUGAUGUUAGGUCUGAGAAAGUUAAGUUUGUACGUUCAAACAAAGAUUGCUAUUUUCAUUGGCAAACUAAAUUGGUAAACUUUAAGGGUAAAUUAGGUUUGAUUAAUACGGAGCAGGACUAUCAUGGUGGAUUUCCCCUUAAGUUACAUAUGUGGGUUCUUGAGGAUAUCGAUAAACGGGAAUUUUCUGAGUAUGUCUAUACUUUAAGGACUGAUGAUGUUAAAGUCGUUAAGGAUAUCGACUAUAUUUCCGUUGUUGGGGCGACAGCUUCUGGUGAAAUUGUUUUGGGAAAAGAUAAAGCAUAUGAACCGUUUUAUGUUUUCUAUUUUAACCCCGAAAGAAACACUCUCCGAAGUGUUGAAAUCCAAGGUGUUCGACAAGAAGGGGUUAAUCAUGUAGUUCACGUCUUUGUAGACCAUGAAGAGGAUCUUAAGUUUGAUGUUAUGAAGGCAAUAUAUGCUGCAUCAUCUGAAGAAGAUCAGUAA